CACACACGACAAAACCCAUUGAUAGCGACCCAUUUCAUCAUUCCCACUUUCAUCUUCUUCAAUCUUUAUAUAUACCCACCUCAUAUUCCCUCACAAAUAAUCCCCACCUCCCAUAUUGACUUCUUGACCAUUUCAACCCCUAAAGGGUUGUAAGUUUUAACUAAAUUGGGAUUUUCUUGACUGUUCAAGCCUUAAAGGGUUUUAACUAAGUUGGGAUUUUCUUGAUUGUUCAAGCCUUAAAGGGUUUUAAUUAAAUUUUGAGAUUUUCUUGACUGUCAGAAGCCUUAAAGGGUCUUUUGUAGCUAAAUUGUGACUUUCUUGAUUGUUCUAGCCUUAAAGGGUUUAAACUAACUUGGGGGAUUUUGUAAUUCAAGAAAUUAUCACAAUAUGACAACUGGGAAAGGAAAGAGUGUGAAAGAAAAGAGACCACGAAAGAACAAACAAGUGAUUGUCGAUGAGAAGUCACCAUUGUUGCCCACAAAGAAAGGUGAAGAAGCAGGAUUUGAAGAGUUCGAUGGGGCUUCUUUUACCGGGGCUGUGUUUAAUUUAUCAACGACAAUUGUGGGUGCUGGGAUUAUGGCUCUGCCUGCAACUAUGAAGGUGUUGGGGCUGAUACCGGGGAUUGCCUUGAUUGUUUUUAUGGCUUUCUUGACCAAUGCUUCCAUUGACUUGUUGAUCCGAUUUAGUCGGGCCGGGAAGUCGGUUUCUUAUGGUGGUGCUAUGGAUGAUGCUUUUGGAAGCAUUGGGAGAAUUUUGUUGCAAGUUUGUGUCAUGGUUAAUAAUAUCGGUGUGCUUGUUGUCUACAUGAUCAUCAUCGGUGAUGUUCUUUCUGGAACAACUUCCGAUGGAGUUCAUCAUGCCGGUGUUUUACAGGGAUGGUUCGGUGUACACUGGUGGAAUGGUCGUUUCUUUGUUCUUCUUGUUACUACCCUCGGCGUAUUUGCUCCAUUGGCGAGCCUAAAGCGCAUCGAUUCGUUGAGCUAUACCUCGGCAUUAUCGGUAGCACUUGCGGUCGUUUUCCUUGUGAUCACUGCAGGAAUUACAAUCUUCAAAUUGGUAACCGGAAGUAUUGCUAUGCCUAAAUUGUUUCCUGAUAUCGUGGAUUUCACAUCGGCGUUUAAUCUCUUCACUGUCGUCCCUGUUCUUGUGACUGCUUACAUUUGUCACUACAACGUUCACUCGAUCGAUAACGAACUUGAAGACAGUACUAAAAUAAAAGCAGUUGUGAGAACAUCGCUUAUCCUCUGUUCGUCUGUAUAUGUGAUGACAAGCAUUUUCGGGUUUUUGUUAUUCGGUGACGGGACACUAGAUGAUGUGCUUGCAAACUUUGACAGAAACCUUGGAAUCCCGUAUAGCUCAUUGCUAAACGAUGCUGUUCGUGUUAGUUAUGCAGCCCAUUUGAUGCUCGUGUUUCCUAUCGUAUUCUUCCCAUUAAGACUAAAUUUGGACGGGCUACUUUUUCCUUACAAAGGCCCGUUAGUAUCGGAUAAUACGAGGUUUGCAUCCAUCACGGUUGGGCUCAUCGGUGUCAUCUUUUUGGGUGCAAAUUUCAUUCCGAGCAUCUGGGAUGCUUUUCAGUUCACCGGUGCAACCGCAGCUGUUUGCAUCGGUUUCAUUUUUCCAUCUGCCAUCACUCUUGGGGAUCGUUAUGGGAUAGCAACUAAGAGGGACAAGAUCUUGUGUGUUUUCAUGAUCGUUCUUGCUGUUUUCUCGAACGUGGUGGCGGUUUACAGUGACGCGCUGGCUUUGUUCAAGAACAACGGACCGACCACCGAAUGAUGAGUGUCGGAUGGUUCUGUUUGAAGCCCUGAUGGAGCUCGUUUUCGUGACGAAAUACAACUCGAGUCGCUUCCUCCAGGGCCAAGAAGUUGUAUAGAGGUGUGAUUGUGUUUUCGAUUGUUGUCAUCUUGUUUGAUAUGUAUCUGUAUUGUGUGUUCAUCCGAAUACACUUGGAAAUUGGUCUUGUAUUGUAUUGUGAACAUUUCGUUAAGGAUUUAAAUAUAAAGAAAAUAGUUGCAUAAUA